UUUGCGCAUCGUCUCAUUAUGAAACAUGAAGUAGGGCCGAUGGGGUCUGACCAUCGAAGUUUCAAUUCCAUUGCAGCUGAUAUAGUGGAUAUACGAGUAGACGAUGCACUUGGUCCUGAUGUUCGCUCAACACUGCUCAAGAAUCUGCAUAGUGCUGCUCGCGCAAAAGAUGCGAUGGCACCACUACCGAAGUCAAAAAAUCCGACGGAUGCAACAUCGAGAAGAAAGCAUCAAAUCACAUAUCUUGCUAAUUUGGCCGUUGCACGUGAGGAAGCACUCCAACAACAAUGGGCUGAGAGCAAGCACAUGAAGCGUAUGGGCAGGCAAAAGUACGGUUUUUAG